GAGAGAAUUAAGUCUGUGCCAUUCUCUUUAGUGUUUGCCCUGUCCUCCCAAUGCUCUCCUCCUCCUCGCCGCCCGCAUUUUGACAAUAAAACAACACUACAGGACUUUUGAAACUGGAAGCUAGGACCGCCGGUCUCUCUGAAGUCCCGGUUCUUAUGGACUAGCUUAAAACCGAAGGGAAGGAGCGUCCAGAGCUUUUUAUCCAGACCUCUUCAGGCCGCAACAUUUCCCACCCUGCAGAUUUCCCAUCGUGACUUCGAGCCUCCCACGUCAGCAGAAAGGAUGUCUCAACUCCAGUUUCAGUGUCCACCUAGCUCCAUCCCCGCUGCCUCUGCCCCGCUGCAGCUGGGGCAGCCGCAGCCUGGCUACAGCAUCCCGUGUGCUGCGGGCGCCCUACCAUCAGAGAGCGCCAGCCAGCCCAUGAGGAGCUCUGCUCUCCCUGCGGGCUCAGCCACUCCCUAUAAUAUCUCCACAGUAUCUAACAUGGCAAACCCUAAAGAGAAGACCCCCAUGUGUUUGGUGAAUGAGUUAGCCCGUUUCAACAAGAUCCAACCCGAGUACAAGCUGCUUUCUGAGCAAGGACCAGCUCACUCCAAGAUUUUCUCCGUCAGGCUCACGCUGGGAGAUCAGCACUGGGAGGCCGAGGGAACCAGUAUCAAGAAAGCCCAGCAUUCCGCCGCUGCGUCAGCCCUCUCCGAGACGACGCUUCCCAAACCCACAGUGAGGACACCCCGCAACUUAGGCAGGAACCCAGUAGAUGGCAGCACACACAGCAUGGAGCUGAACGCACUUUGUUUGAAGCUGGGUAAAAAGCCUGUGUUCAAACCCAUCGACCCAUACCCGGGUAUGAGACCACCCAACUACAACUACAAUGUCCGCGCUCCGGGACCUUACCAGCGCUCUAUGCAACAGUACUACUAUCCAUUUCCUCCAGUGGGACCAAUAAUAUACCACAUGGAGCUUUCCAUCGGGAACCAGCAGUUCAUCGGCAAGGGGCGGACGCGGCAGCAGGCCAAACACGACGCUGCUGCCAAAGCCUUGAAAGUGCUGCAGAAGGAGCCGAUGCUGCAGCAGUUGCCAGUGAUGAAUGGAGAGCCUGAGGAGGAGAACCUGAACAAAUCAGAAAUAAGUCAAGUGUUUGAAAUAGCUCUAAAAAGAAACUUACCUGUCAACUUUGAGAUUUUAAAGGAAGAAGGGCCUCCACACAUGAAGAGUUUUGUAGUGCGCGUCAUAGUCGGGGAGUUCGUGGGAGAGGGCGAGGGCAAGAGCAAAAAGAUCGCAAAGAAGCUGGCAGCCGCCGCGGUCCUGGUAGAGUUAAGGAGGCUCCCGCACGUGCCCAGCAUCGAGAAGAAGCUGCCGCGCAUCAAAAAGAAAACGAAAUCUAUCAUCAAGCUGCAGACCAGCCCCGAGUAUGGCCAGGGGAUGAAUCCCAUCAGCCGUUUGGCUCAGAUCCAGCAGGCAAAGAAGGAGAAGGAGCCCGAGUACAGCAUGGUGACAGAAAGAGGUCUGCCGCGGCGCCGGGAGUUCGUCAUGCAGGUGACUGUGUGCGGGCAGACUACAGAGGGACUGGGUCCGAGUAAGAAGGUGGCCAAGAAGAACGCAGCCGAGAAAAUGCUGGAACUGUUGGGAUAUAAAGUGCCUCAGCCUCAGCCUCCCAAACCAGCACUCAAAUCUGAUGAAAAAGCGCCAGUGAAAAAGCCGUGUGAAGGGCGCAAAGUGACCUUCUUUGAACCAGGUUCUGCAGAGGAGGUGUCAGUGGGUUCCAAGGAGGAGGAUUUCCGCUUGCCUUACCUCAGCCACCAGCAGCUGCCUGCGGGCAUCCUGCCCAUGGUGCCUGAGGUGGCGCAAGCAGUCGGGGUCUGCCAAGUAUCCCAGGUCAAAGACUACAGCCGAGCUGUGCCCAACCCAGGCAAGGCCACCAUCACUGCCACCAUCGCCAACGAGCUGCUGUAUGCCGGCACAUCCCUGACUGCUGUGACCAUCCUAAAGAACAAAAACAACCUGACCCAGGUGCCCCAUGGACCCCUCACCAGACCCUCAGAACAGCUUAGCUAUCUUGCAUCGGUUCAGGGUCUGCAGGUGGAAUACAAGGAUUUCCCCAAAAACAAUAAGAACGAGUUUGUAUCGUUGAUUAACUGCUCCUCCCAGCCUCCACUCAUCAGUCACGGCAUUGGAAAAGAUAUAGAGUCCUGUCAUGAUAUGGCUGCACUGAAUAUAUUGAAGUUGCUGUCCGAGUUAGACCAGCAGUCAAACGAAAGGACAGGGAACGGACCACCCUCAGGGUGUGCCAAGCAGGAAAUGGAGGGCGACCUGCACCUCAAACAGGCUAACUCAAGCACACUGGCACAGACUCUGGAUAGCACGGCUUAGAUCAGCUUUGGUUGUCUGUAAAAGCACUAGAGAAAACUCACCACACUGUGUUCUUAGUCUUGUUUUGGAUCGCCGCGGAUGGCUUCACCCGCUGUGGGGUUUUAAGAUUACUGUUACAAAAUGUUCACAGUUGAGCAAGAUUGAAAAGGAAAUAUAAGCGUCUCCUCCUUUGAUGUUGUUUUAUUGUACGCGUCAUUUUUUAUUUUCAGUUUAGAAGCAGUAGCUGCAUCCUAGUCGGUGAUCUUUGAGUGCGUAUGAGAGGGGGUGGGGGAACCUUACAUGACAAACUGUGACUGUUUUUGUUUUGGAUAGAAAUUGUUUCUUUAUAUUUCUACAUGUUUAUGGUUUAUUCCCUCUGAGCUUGUCGAGUAAGAAAAUAUAUUAAGUUUGGGCCUCCUCUUUAUCUAGGGUGUGGGCUGACGAACCUUUGUUGAUUUUCCUAGAGUGCUUUCUAUAAACAACCAAAACUAAAUUACUAAAUGUAGCGUGUGACGUAAUGUGAUUGUCGCUGCCGUGUGUGGCGGCGACAUACCCCCCCCGACCCUCUUUUUCUCCAUCAUGUCAUCUCCCCUUCUCUGUCCAUAACCCAUAAUGGUAAUUAAACUUCUGUGCUUACAAGCACAAAACAAAGA